UUUGCUUUUGAUUUAAUAGCAUAUCUUUCUCUUUUAGUAACACUUGCGGUGAUGCAUGAAUAAACAGAAGCACUCUAUUAAAAAAUGUCCGAUGCAACCAAAAUUCUCCCCGGGAGGAUACUGUGGAAGACCGUGCUGAAGUCUAGGUAGACUACCUCAGCAGCCUUUCCCUCAUCUACCCAUCCGGUCACACGGUCAUAGAAGGAGAUGACGUUGGGCAAGCACAACCUGCCUUUCACGAGCCCGUGCUGGCCGGGCCCGAUCCCCUGCAUGUCAUGCACGUGCCGUGUGAUGUGUACGGAGAUGAUUUGCUCCGUAACUUUCCCCGGUACCGAGGUCAGGGAAGAGACAGGAGAGAGGAGAGUGGAGCAGUGCAGCGGUGCGGCUGUGCUUGUGACAGCAGCAGACGCGUCACAGCGGGGGGGCGGGGCGUUGUCAGGAGGCUGUCAGAGUAGAGGCAGCGCUGCGGCACUUUGGCCUAGGCCUUCGAUAGCGCAACGUACGCUGGCCGCUGGCGGCAGCGACCAGCAAAGUUCCAGCAGCGAGGAGGAGGACGAGGAGGAGGACGAGGAAGAGGAAGAGGACAGUGACUUGGACGAGACACGCGACGUAGACAGAGUUUGGGCCGACAGCACCCAGUGGCCAGCGCCACACGCGGCCGGCAAGUGCCAGCUGGUGGAGGAGCUGGUGGACGACCUUCUUCGUGCCUGCCGAGGAAAGACGUGCCACAGCUUCGUGCCCCGGCUGCAGCCGGCCAUCGGGGUGGCCUGCGUCUGUGAAGGAUGGAGUGCCCAGGAAGACAACGUCAUCUACCGCCUGCUCGUGCCCAUGAGAGCUCCCCCCGGGCACGCCUUCCGUGUGGAGCUGGGCAACCCAAAGGAGACACCAAAAAGCAAGAAGUCCUGUCUGCGUGUGGAGCUGGAGUGCAUGUGUGCGAGGGAGCGGCUGCUGGGGGACAUGCUCUGCUUUCUCCACCACACUCGGAGGGAGCUGAGAGAAAACCAGGAAGCCAGCCUCCUCAACACCUUGUGCAGGGCCUCCUAUCUGGACGUGCGGAAAACCACGCGCUGGUUCCAGAACCGGGUGAAAGCAGCCUGGAAUUGUCUGCCUCAGUCGCGUGACUGGGGCCUGGAGCUGGUGCCCUCCGACCACUCCUGCAAGAUCAAGCUGACCCCCCCCUCCAAGAGCACCUUCACCAUCGAGAUGACUCUUGGGGUGCAGCUUGAUGAGUCGGGCACGUUCCUGAGCUUUGACUAGGCUCAGGCUAUGCUUCUGUCUUCUUCUCUGUCUCUGUCUUCCCAAGUAUGUCCUUCUCUCUCUUAAAUAAAAUUAAUAGUAGUAUUAAUCAUA